CCAACAAACAAAUUCGAAGAACAAGGAUUAUAGGAAGGUUAAUAUAAUCAUUUGAUUUGCCUUCUCUUUUAUCUUUGUUUUUUCGUUUAAAAGAAACAAAUCAAGCAGCAAAACAAUGGCAACAUUUGCAGGGACACAACAGAAAUGCAUGGCAUGCAACAAGACUGUCUAUUUGGUUGAUAAGCUGACGGCUGAUAACCGGGUUUUCCAUAAGGCCUGCUUCCGUUGCCACCAUUGCAACGGCACUCUAAAGCUCAGCAAUUACAACUCUUUUGAAGGAGUGUUGUAUUGCAGGCCUCACUAUGAUCAACUCUUCAAGAGAACCGGCAGUCUUGACAAGAGUUUUGAAGGAACACCAAAGAUCAAGAAUGAAAAACUGGUUGAAAAUGAGGGUGCGCUAAAACUGUCGAACGUGUUCGCUGGCACCAGAGAAAAAUGCAAGGGAUGUAAUAACACUGUCUAUCCAAUUGAAAGGGUUACGGUUAAUGGGACAUCUUACCACAGGGGCUGCUUCAAGUGCUGCCAUGGAGGGUGCACCAUUAGUCCAUCAAAUUAUAUAGCACAUGAAGGGAAGCUUUACUGCAAACAUCACCAUAUCCAACUCUUCAAGGAGAAAGGAAACUACAGUCAGCUCGAGACCGAUCGUCCGAAAACCUCUGUAAAUACUUCGUCGGCGGAAGUCGUUGAACUGUAGGCCAAUUAUGCUUCUUUUAUAUAUCUGCCGAUUGUAAGUCCGACCAUUCAUGUCAUUUCGGUGUCAGCUUCCUGAUGGAUCAAACUUAAGAGAUCUUCCAUUGUAAGAUGAGAUUUAAAUGAUGUGGACAAGUUUUUGGAAA